AUGUAUGCCAAUGUCAAAACGGAGUGGGCUUUCGAUCAAGCAGAGGUACGGCUCUUGCUGGAGAGUGGUGCAGAUCCCUUCGCGAAGCAUGACCACUGGAGUGCAUUCGUCACAAGGACGAGGAAUCCACAUGCUCUUUCCGAGAAUGGACCAUCAAUUGCCAGUCUCAAUGCCUGGACCUCGGAUGACUGUCCUCCUAGGAGAAUAGUUGAAUAUGAGCGCAAGAUGGUAGGACCUUAUAAUGUCCCAUUCAUAACAUCCAUGAAACGGGGCGAUAAAGCAGUCGUCGAACUCAUGCUGAACGCAAUUGAUUGGAAAGAGACCCACUUGAAGGAGUUGAAGGAUAGGUUUGACCGAGCCCGGAAUGCAGCGACUGAGAAUGGGAAUCUGUACCUCCUACCCAUUCUAGGGAAUCAUUACUGGGCAAAAAUGUGUCCAUGCAAGUAG